GUGUCGGUGUCCAUUCGCCUCUGAAACUCCCAAGUCGGUUCGAAGCCAUGCGGCGGAUGAGCAUGCUUGCUGCACAGAGGGUCGCGUGGUGCCCUCCCUGCCGCCGUGCCAAAGCCUCCAUGGUGGCGGAGCACCUGGCGCGCAUCCUGCCCCCUGUCGCGGCAAGAUGCAAAGAGGCUCAGCAAGAGGAGCGUUCCCCGUUGAUUUCGGAUCCCCUGGCUUGCCCCUUUCUCGAAGCCUUCGGGCCUGCUCCGGAGGAGCCUGAGGAAAUUCAGCGUGCCCGCGUGGUUCAUGAUGCCUUCCUCGACAGACUGCUCUUGGAUGCAGUGUCAAGGAGGGUGCGUCAGACGUUGCUUCUGGGCUCCGGCUUAGAUGUUCGCGCUUUUCGACUGCAGCUGCCGCCGCAACUUAAGGUCAUCGAGGUGGAUGAGACGAACGUCCACGAGGCAAAGAGCUUGGUGCUUGAAAGCCUGGGUGCGCGCCCCCGGGCCGCCCUUCGGCGCCUGGCCUCGGCGGAUGCUGACCCCACGAAGCCGUGCUUCUUCAUCAUCCUCAUCCCGCCGGCGGAGGCGAUCACGGCCAUCCCUCUUCUUGCGGAGACACACG